AUGGCUGAUUUACCACCUUUAUCUAAUGAUCCAGAAAUUUUAACCGAAUAUACAGUAAACCUUGGUGUUGAUCCAGAUACAUUUACAUUUGCUGAAGUUUUUUCUCUUGAUCCAGAAUAUAUUUCAUUAUAUCCACCAAAUCCAAAAUCUUUAAUAUUCCUUUAUCCAUACGGCAAGAAGGAUGGACCACUUGAGAGACGCCAUCAAGGUGAUCCUCCAAAUACAGGAAAAGAACCAUUUUAUCUUAAACAAACUCUUGACAAUGCAUGCGGUACAAUUGCUAUUAUUCAUUCGAUUGCUAAUAAUUUAGACUCCUUUAAACUUAAAAGGGAUUCGUGGAUAGAGAAUUUCAUCAAUGAUAACAAAGAUAAAACACCAGAGGAAAGAGGAAAAGCCCUUGAACAAGAUGACGAAGUUCAAGAUGCCCACGAAACUACAGCUAAUGAUGAUUCUACGCCAUUCCUUGAAGAUUCUGAUUCAAAUCACUUUAUUGCUUUUGUUCCAUUUGAUGGAAAGCUUUGGGAAUUGGAUGGAUUUAAGAAACAACCAAUUUGCCAUGGAGAAUGCGAUGAUUUCUUUGCAAAAGUUACAAAAAUUAUUCAAGAUGAUUUUUAUCCAAAUGUCAAGGAUCCAAUGGAAACAUCAAUGGUUCUUCUAUGCAAGAACUAA